AUGGGGGAGAAAGCGGGCACCAGAGUUUUCAAAAAGUCCAGCCCCAACUGCAAACUCACUGUUUACCUGGGAAAGCGUGACUUUGUGGAUCACCUGGACAGGGUUGACCCCGUUGACGGCGUGGUUCUUGUUGACCCGGAAUAUCUCAAGGAUCGGAAAGUUUUUGUGACGCUGACGUGUGCCUUCCGCUAUGGCCGUGAGGAUCUGGAUGUCCUGGGCCUCUCCUUCCGCAAGGAUCUCUUCCUGGCCUCCUGGCAGGCCUUCCCCCCCGCCGAGGGCAGCCCUGAGCAACUCACCCGCCUGCAGGAGCGGCUGCUGCGCAAACUGGGUGCCAACGCCCACCCCUUCAGCUUCAUGAUCCCCCAGAACCUGCCCUGUUCAGUGACAUUGCAGCCGGGCCCGGAGGACACGGGGAAGGCUUGUGGCGUGGACUUCGAGAUUCGGGCAUUUUGUGCCAAAAACCUGGAGGAGAAGAUUCACAAAAGGAACUCCGUCCGCCUGGUUAUCCGGAAAGUCCAGUAUGCCCCCGAGAAGUCUGGCCCGCAGCCCAUGGCCGAGACCACCCGCCAUUUCCUGAUGUCCGACCGCUCCCUACACCUGGAAGCUUCCCUCGACAAGGAGCUUUAUUAUCACGGUGAGCCAAUCAGCGUCAACGUUCACGUGACCAACAACUCCAGUAAAAGCGUCAAGAAAGUGAAAGUGGCCGUGCGGCAGUACGCAGACAUCUGCCUCUUCAGCACCGCCCAGUACAAGUGUCCGGUGGCCCAGAUUGAGCAGGAAGACCAGGUGGCCCCCAGCUCCACUUUCUGCAAGGUUUACACGCUCACACCGCAGCUGAGCAACAACCGGGAGAAGCGAGGCCUGGCCCUGGACGGGAAGCUGAAGCACGAGGACACCAACCUGGCCUCCUCCACCAUCGUGACGGAGGGCAUCAACAAGGAAGUCCUGGGCAUCCUGGUCUCCUACAGGGUCAAAGUGAAGCUGGUGGUCUCCCGGGGAGGGGACGUGGCGGUGGAGCUGCCCUUUGUCCUGAUGCACCCGAAGCCCCCCGAGCAGCUCUCCCCGAUGCAGCCCCCAGCAGAUGUGCCAGAAUCAGACCUGCCGAUCGAUGCCAACCUGAUUGAGUUUGAGCCCAAUUUCGGGCAGGAUGACGACAUCGUGUUCGAGGACUUUGCGCGGCUGCGCCUGAAGGGCACGAAAGACGACGAGGAGGCCGAUUACGUCUGCUAGGGGGCCCUUGGGGCAGCCCC